ACAAAACUUCUAUUAUUUCACAAUGAAGUAUAAUCCUUUUAAGUACUCUAGCUGUCCUUGACCCAAAAUUUAAUUAAUCCAUUUCACAUUUCAAAUCAAAAAGAAAAGAUUACUUAGUCCAAAAAUGAAACUCACGGAUUUCUUCAGAUAAUCACAAAAAAUUAGCACAUAAAAAUUUCCAUUAACAUAGUAGUAGUUAAAGCUAGAAGAAUCGGAACCUUCUUAGUUCCCCUAAAAAAGGUGUCUCUCUCACAACUCACAAGUCACAAUUACAAACAACCAAAAUUUGCUUUGAAGUCUGGACCCAGUUCAAGUAAGCAUCUUUAUCUCUCUUUUUCUUCGUAAAAUCCAAAGUUCAAUACUAUUUUUGUAUAGUUUUAUAGUUGUACUAUGAAGAUUUGAUUGAAAAUUACAUGUAUCCUAUGUUUUUGGGUUAGUGAUUUUUCAUGUAUGGAAAAAAUGGUGUUAUCCAACAUUGAAUCUGGGUACCCAGAUCAUAAUAAUUCAAGUGAUGGGGAAUUUUUGCGUGAUAUUGAAGAGAUUAGCAAAGCCCUUUAUUUAGAGAACAAAACCCAUGAAAAUUCUGUAGUUUCUUACUCUAGUUUUGGACCUAAAUCAGUUAAAGAAUCGAAUUUUACUGAUUUGAAAUCGAACCCGAAAGCUGGUUUUGAUAAAGAUGGUAAUUGGUUGAAGGAGGAUAAGAAAGAUUCAUCAAUUUGGGGUUGGAAACCCUUUAAAGCUUUGUCCCAUAUUAGGCAGAGGAAAUUCACUUGUUAUUUUCUGUGUCAUGUUCAUUUUAUUGAGAAUUUGAUGCCGGAGUUUGAUGAUGUUUGUAUGAGUGUGCAUUGGAAGAGAAAGGAUACUGUCCUGAGGACUACCCCGACGCGGGUUUCGAAUGGAGUGGUUGAGUUUGAGGAGACAUUGAUGAGUAAAUGUACUGUUUAUGGAGCCAAAAAUGGGUCUGGGGAUUUUGUGAAGUAUGAGCCUAAGCACUUCUUGCUAUAUGCAUCUGUAGUUGGGGGAGAAGGGAUUGAAAUUGGGAAACAUUGGGUUGAUCUUACAAGGUUGCUUCCUCUUACCCUUGAGGAGUUGGAGCAGGAUAGAUGCUCGGGAAAAUGGUCGACGAGUUUUAAGCUUGUGGGCAAGGCUAAAGGUGCUACUUUGCAUGUAAGUUUCGGGUAUUUGGUGACGAAGGAUGGUUUGGCUGAAUCAGCUAGCUGUUUAAAACCACCUCUUGCUCUUAACUUGGAGCAAAAUGGGUUGAUCAGCAGGAUGAGCUUCACUGAUUCAAGUUCUGUCGGGGGCAAUACAACACUUAGGCGAGUGGGGAGUGUUCCAAGUAGCUUGACUAAUGCCUCUUAUUAUUCAUCUCAGUACCUAGAUGCAAAGUUGAGCUUGCCGACUGAUGUAUAUGAUUUUUCAAGUUCAAUUAAUAGACUUUAUGGAAAGCUUGAGGAAGGGACUUUCGAUAGUCCUGCGAGGUUUGAUAUGGUUUACGAACAUUUGGAGUCACCUCAGUUAGUGCCAAACUCACUAUCUUGUUCUGUAAAAGAUUUUAGUGGAGCCAAACACGAUGAUGCUGAGUUUACAGUGAUAGAUAAAGGGGUAGAAUCAGAGUUCUCCUGCAAGGAAGCAAAGAAGUUAAAUAAAUCUGUUGUCGAGGACUUGGAAGUCUCGAGCAUUGAAGUAAUUGACAUAGCUGAGCUCUUUAAGGGUGAAGGGAUAUGCUCAGACGAGGAGAGGUAUUUUGACAGUUUGGAUGCAACCUCCGAUUGUGUGGGUAAAGAUACUUCAAUAGAUAAAUUCAGUCUUCUGGAUAUUAGAGAGUCCAAUUUUGAAGAGGAGGCUUUAGAUUUGCAUAAACUGGUUGCUCUACAGUCUGAUGAUCAGUUAGAAAUUUCAGACGAAAUGCCUGUUGAUAUUAAGGUUAAACAUAAAGGAAGCAAUAUGGUCAAAUCAUUGAGUUUAGAUGAUUUUGCUAAAGCUGUGGCAGAUGAUUUUUAUAAUCUUCUGCAAGAUGCGCAUACUCCAUCAGCUCGAAAUUCCAAUGUUGAUCUUGAAUCUCCUAGAGAGCGUCUCUUGAGACAGUUUGAAGAAGAUAUGAUGACUUCAGGCAGCCUCCUCUUGGAUGUUGAUGUACAAGAAGAUAUAUUUGAAUAUGACUAUGCAGCUCCUAGUAUCUCCUCUUCAGACUCUAAUGGGUUGAGCGUGGAUCUUUCACCUGUCAUUGAUAUUGCAGGCUUUGCAUCAGAUGGAAGUGUACAACAGUCACCAAGAAGUAAACUGAAGGCAAAAAGCCUCGAACGCUUGGAGACUCAGACCUUGAUGCAGAGAUGGGGUUUGAAUGAGGAAGCCUUCUUAAAUUCCCCUUAUUAUAGCAGUGGCGGGUUUGGGAGUCCUAUUUUCAUUGCCCCGGAGGAACCAGUUGGAUUGCCUCCCCUUGCAGAAGGCUUGGAGCCUUUGCUUCAGUUAAAGGGUGGAGAUUUUUUGCGGUCUAUGAGUCCAUUGCUCUUUAGAAAUGCUAGAAAUUGUGGGAGCUUGAUCAUGCAAACCUCGAAAACUCUCGUGCUACCUAUAGAGUUGGGCUCUGAUAUCAUAGAGAUAUUGCAGAGUUUGGCAUCAUUUGGCAGUCAGAGACUGUCCAAGAAAUUGCAUAGUUUAAUGCCUCUUGAAGAUCUCUCUGGAAAGAUUAUGCAACAACUAGCAAGGGAGGCUUUAUACGAAGCAGAAAUGCUCAAAAGGCCAGCCUCUUCACAGCAUAAGUCUGAUAUCGAGGUUGAGGAGCACUCAUAUGAUGAGGGUUAUAAUUACUUAGAUUCAAGUUCGACAGGAAGUUAUAUCGGGUCAGAAUAUGUUGCUGUCAAUGAUCUGGCCAUCUUGGCACUCAAUAGUAUAGAAGGCCUCAUGAUUGAAGGGUUAAAAAUACAGUCAGGCAUGCCUGAUCACACCGCACCUUCCAGCAUCAGGGUAAAAUCUGUAAAAGAAGUCAGAUCUCAACAUGAGAUUGACUACUUGGAUGAGUCUUCUACUCUUUUGGGUAUUAAAGGCACAACAGAUUAUGUUAAUGGAUUGUUGGAUCUUUCUCUUUCACUAGAUGAGUGGUUAAGGCUGGAUAAUGGAGUAUCAGAUGAUGAAAAACAGGUUAGUAAGAGAACAUUGAAGUUGCUAAGAGCUCAUCAUGCCAAGUCUAGCUCUAUGGGAAACGAAUCAGUAGGAGAAGAAAACAAAACGAACAAAUCAAGGAAGUUUGGAGUUUUGGGAGAUAAGCUUACACUAGCUUUCAUGAUUCAACUCCGAGACCCACUUCGAGACUAUGAACCAGUUGGUGGGCCAAUGCUCGGUCUAAUUCAAGUCAAGAGGCAAAUCAAACCUGUGACUCGAGCAUCAGAAGACAAAACAGAAAGUGAAGAAAGGAUCUCUAGGUUCACAUUGCUAGAAGCUCACGUUGCAGGACUGAAUACAGAAUCUGAUGAUGUGGAAAUCUGGUCUUCUAGGAAGCAACAACAAUCAGGAUCGCGGUGGUUGCUUGCAAGUGGCUUGACGAAGAAUGGGAAUCCCCAUUCUUCAAAGUCAAGGUCAUUAAUGAAAAUGCCAACCCAAAUGCUUAGAAAAGCAUGGAGUAGGAGCUUUAUUUGGAGCAUAUUUCACACCAUUCAUGAAGUUGAAGCUGACCCACAAAACCCACUCACUCGGAAUCCUGAUGUUCUGUUUCCUCAAGUGACUAGUUGACAGACAUAGUAAGAAUUACGAAACAUGUUACUGUAUAGUCGGUGAACAAUGUUUUUUUUUUUUAAUAAUUCCUCCGUUACAUAAUAAGUGAAACACUUCUCUCUUUUAUGUGAGCUUUUUUUAGAGAAAUGUUUCACUUAUUAUGAAACGGAGGAACUAUAAUUUUGUAUAUUGCUUCAGGAUGAUGAUUUUUUUUUUGGGUGCAAUCAGAAUUCAGGAUUAUGUUGUAAUUAGUCAUGAGUCAACAAAGUAUCAGUGGUAUAUAUUGGAGUGUCCUUUUGAAUGCUAUAAUGGCCAAUGAAGAAGGUGUUUUGAGAUUAUAAA